AUGCAAGCAUGGCUAACUGCGAUAGGGAUUCCCUGGAGCAGUGCCAUGCUGAAGCCUGCCUUGUAUAAGCUCAUUCAGCUUCACAAGCCACAAGCAGAGUAUGUGUGCGACAAGCUUGCGGCAGAGCGUGGGUUCCGUGUGAUCCGGCUUCCCCCGUACCAUUGCGUCUUUAACCCAAUAGAGCUGAUUUGGGCCUGGGUAAAGCGGGAAGUCGGACGACGGAACAAGACGUACAAGAUCGGUGACGUGAAGACCUUGGUUCUAGAAACCAUGGAAGCAGUGCCACAGGACCUCUGGCCAAACUCAUGUCGCCACUGUGACGAGGACGUCGACAAAGCCUGGCUAGCUGAAGGGCUUCAGCGGGAGCAUGUGGCCAGCAUUGUCAUUUCCUUGAGUGACAACGAAUCCUCAAGUGAGUCGGAAGACGAUGACAGUGAGUAG